GCAGGAGAGAAUUGUGGCCUGAGCGCUGAACCAUGGCGAAUUGGAGACCCUUUCUGACAGCGGCACUCGCUCUUAUGUUCCUGCUCACAACAGGAUAUGCCUUCAUUUUGGAGUUAAAUCCAUCAGGAAAUGUGAGGUCCCGGAUUGGGGAGAUGGUGGUGCUGACCUGCCGGGUGAAGGACUGUCCAUCCCCUUCCUUCCAAUGGAAAGUCGCAAUGGAUAAUCCCUUGGGAGGAACAGUCAGCAAUCAGGGUUCGGAGUCCAACCUCACCUUUGCCCCGGUCACAGUGCAGAACGAACACCAGUAUACUUGCUUUGCAAAAUGCGGCACAGAGACAAAGAAGGAACAUGUUAUUAUAAAUGUUUAUUCUCUGUCGGACGAGCUCACCCUGGAGACGGUGGGGAAUUUGGAAGCGGGCAGGAACGGCACCGUAAAAUGCACCGUCCCCAAAGUCUAUCCCGUUCGUCUGGAGGUGGACUGGCUGAAAGGAGCCAAAGUGGUGCAUAGUGCAAAACUCUUCCGACACACAGAGGAAGAAAGGGAGGAGAGCUUCACUUAUGAACUCACCCCUGAACUGGGGGAUUCGGGACAAGAGCUUACAUGCCGAGUCCACUUGCGCACUGAGUUGGGGCUGAUUCAGGCCGAGGGAACGCUGACGUUACAGGUUAACUAUCCUCCCAGAACGAUUAACAUUUCUGCAGAGCCCUCUUCCACGGUGAGGGAAGGUCAGGAUGCCCGGCUAACCUGUGCUGUUGACAGCAGCCCCGCUGCCACGAUCGUGUGGAGCAAGUUAUCAGCCGCCGGCUGGUCAGUGACCGCCGGGGAUCAGCCGAUUCUUCACCGCUCACCGGCCCUGAUGGAGCAUUCAGGAAUCUACCGCUGUGAAGCCAGCAAUAUGCUGGGGAGUAUCACCACCGAGGUGGAAUUGCGCGUUGAAGGUGGCCCCAGAGACACCACACUCUCUGUGACCCCCUUUGAUGUGAAGGAAGGAGGCAAUGUCACAAUCAGCUGCACAACCCACUCGAACCCACCUGCCCAUCUUCUGCUGAGGAGGAAGUCAGCAAGUGGAUGGAUUGAGCUGGACUCAGAGAAUGGAACAUUUACGAUCGAUGCUGCCCAUUUGGAUGAUGCAGGGCACUAUCAAUGUCAGGCCAUCAAUGCUCUGGGAAGGCAGAUUAAAAGCGCAGAACUCUUUGUUCAAGAAAAAGAACCUGAUAUAGUACCCCAUGUUGUGAAUGCUGUAGGAAUCCUAGAAACAGUCUGCACAGUGGCUGCAGUUGCAUCAGUAGGAUUCGUACUUUUUGCUCUGCAUUAUGUCUAUCGCAGGAUCAACAACAAGAAAUCAUACCAAAUGUCAGAAGAGAAAAUAUGAAGUUAAAACAAAGGACUGAAGGAAUGAGCAUUCCUACUUCUAGUACAGUCUAAUCUCUGGGGCUGUGUGGCUGUACCGUCAGGAGCAGGGUGUUGGGAGAUUGGGAGAUGAAGUUGUUGCAUUAUAAACAUUUCUCAAUGUAUCACCAACAGUUGGUAUCCAAACAGAUAGUAAAGCACAUCUGAACUUGGGGCACUUUAUUGUAAAUAGUCCUCAGAAUUUACUAUCUUGAAGGGAAUAAUGCUGUGCUAUUCAUGGUGCUAUGCUAGAGGAAAUACUGCAGAAAUAGUUAACUUUAAAAUGGUCUCUGGCCAAAUCAAAUGGUCCUUGAUAUCCCUCACCCAUGGCUCCAAGGAAUGUUUCAAACUGCUAGCACUCGCCAGUGAACCAGACCUAGUUGUUCAGAUGCUGAUGUGCUGGAUUUGAUGCCCACCCCUCUCUUGUGGGUUGUGGGAGGCCUUGUGUGAUUUGGGAGUAAACCACUUUACACUGACUGUUCUACAGUUUAUGGAUCACAAAUUAUUUGACCUCCUGAAGGAUAAUGAUGUUGAUUAUCUGUAUUGAUUUUCAAAAAUUGCUGCUGCCUUCCUCAAUAUGUGUGAGCCUCUUCUGCUCUUAAUUCCUAACACAUUGAACCAGGACACCAUCCAUUGUGGCUGAAUCUAGUUAGGUACUAGGUUGGGUUCAGGUUAGGUACAGGAGCUAGGCCACCACUGGCUGCUAGAUGCUGUUUUCUGAAAAUGGAACUGAAUGUGUUAACCACUAAGUGACUUGUACUCUUUAAACUAAACCACUAAGUGAAAUGCAGACCAAGUCCUGAUGCAGGGUUUCGAACUGAAAUGUUGACAAUUCCCUUCCACCCCCACCUCCCCCCCCCCAUAGAUGCUGCUUGACCCAUUGAGUUCCUCCAGCAGACUGUUGCUCCAGAUUCCAGCAUCUGCAGUCACUUGUGUGUCCAAAUUAACUCAAUUUGCAUUGUAGUCCUCAAUGUUGAUUCAAUAAUUUUUUGCACGAAAUGUCAAAGCAGGAAAUAUUUUGAACCAAACAACUUAAUAAAAUAAAAGUCAAAUUGUUUUGAAUUAAUACAUCAUUCAAAUUAAGUAACAAAAUAUUAUCGAAGUUGUUUCACAAUUAGAAUGUGAAACUACCAACUUCAUUGCUGUCAAAAUUUGAAAAUAAUAAAGUGGAAGCCAAGAAUUUUAGUAACAGUUCCAAUGAGUUUAAACAAAAUGUCCAGUUUCAGUACAUUUUUCAAUGUCUUCAAUCCAGGAAGGAUUGUCCUUAUGCAAUUAAAGGUUUGAUUGUUUCUAAAAGUGAGUGAAUGUCUGUAAACUUGUGAGUACACAUGUACUACUGAUUAUGUUGACUGA